UAUAUUUCUCUUUUAGAUUAAACUGCAGAAUGAGGUUCAGAGUAUUGUUUAUCGUUUCUCUCUCCUUGUUUGCAUAUGGGACAUGUGAAAUAAAGGGUGUCAUUCACCAGCUUCCUUUGGUAGAUGCUGAACUUGGAAGCAGCGUGAUUUUACCCUGCUCUUAUUCAUUUGACUUGAUACACACUGUUUCAUGGUUUAAACAGACCGUUGGCAAAAAACCUCUUCUUAUUGGAUAUUCAUCUCAUCUCUCAGGAAGUUUUAUAUAUCAAAAUGGCUUUGACAAGGUCAAACGGUACUCUUUUGAAGUUGGAACUGACUUUUUAAAUAUGAGCAUUAUAAACCUGAAGGAAAAUGAUUUUGCAAACUACUUUUGUGCCGUGACCUUCAUCAGCACAAUUCAGUUUGGAGAAGGAACGAUUUUGCUUCACAAAGGUAAAGAUUCUGCCAGUGGGUCCACAGUUCUCCAGCAGCCUGUAUCUGACAGACUUCAUCCAGGAGAUUCAGUGACUCUGCAGUGUUCGGUCAUCAGUCAGAUCUGUGCAGGAGAAUACAGCGUCUACUGGUUUAGACAUUCAUCAGGACAUUCUCAUCCAAGACUCAUUUACACCCGUGAUAACAGGAGUGAUCAGUGUAUAGAGAGAUCAGAGAAUGGCUUUUCUACCCAGAGCUGUGUCUACAGUCUCUCUCAGACUGAACUCAAACCAUCUGAUGCUGGGGUUUAUUACUGUGCUGUUGCCACAUGUGGGAAGAUACACUUUGGAAAUGGAACUAAGUUGAUUAUUGAAGGUAAUAUUUGAUUUGCUAGAAAUUAUUUUUAGUACCGCAAUGUCUUUGGUUAUAAGUUGAAUGUUAGGUAUUUUAUGUAUUUAUUGUAGCACAUGAAAUCUCACAUCUAUGUGACUUU